AUUUUAGUAACUCUAACAAAGACUUUUAUCUGCUCGUUUUUUAUUAUAAUUCAUUAAUUCAUAUUGAACAUGUUUAAUUUGCUAGCAUUUGCAAUAAUCAAUAGCUUUCUUUAAGAAUAUGAAGUUCGAAGUUGACCCAAACAAGUAUUAGUAUAUAGACUUUGCAGAGUUGCAUAUUGGCCCAGUAGAAAAAUCUGUUCUUUAAGCUCCCCCUUGCUUUUCAGAUCUGAUUAAUUAGCUCAAUCAUGGAGAAACUUGAAUACUACUAUGCUGCAGGUAUACUGUCUCUUCUUCUUCUCAUUCUUCUCAAAAAAUCUGUUUAUAAUCGCAAGAAAAAUUUACCACCUAGUCCGAUUGCUCUUCCGGUGAUUGGUCACUUUUUCCAGAUCAAGAAUCCUCUGCAUCAAUCUCUCGCCUCGUUAUCGGCUAAAUACGGCCCUAUUUUAUUCCUCCGGUUCGGCUGCCGGUCCAUUGUUGUCGUGUCGUCGCCGUCUGCAAUUGAAGAAUGCUUCACCAAGAACGAUAUUGCGUUUUCAAACCGGCCGCCGACCAUGGCGGGGGACCGGUUGACUUACAACUACACUGCCGUUGUAUGGGCUCCGUACGGCCAUCUUUGGAGGAUUCAACGCCGAUUAACCGUCGUCGAGCUAUUUUCUACCGUCAGCCUCCAUAGAUCCUCCGUCAUAAGGGAAGAAGAGGUCCGAAGUCUAGUCCGGUCUCUGUUCAGAGCCUCCGGCGACGGAAAAUCAGCCGUGGACUUGAACAGCCUGGGAGGCACGCUGACUUUCAACGCGAUGAUGAGACUUGUCGCCGGAAAACGGUGUGUGGACGAAGAAGAUGUGGGGGGAGUGAAAGGAAAAGAAAUUAUUAAAGAAACCAGAGGGGUUAUCUUUUUCAGUGAACCAGUUAUGAGUACGUGUGAUUUUUUCCCAGUUUUGAGGUUGUUUGGGUACAAAGGGGUUGAGAAAAAGAUGAUCUUGUUCCAGAAGAAGAGAGACGAAUUCUUGAAGGGUUUGUUGGAUGAAACCCGACAGAAGAAGAAAACAUGUUCUUCUGAUUAUGAUGUUCUCAAGAACAGGGAUAAGAAGUCUUCAAUGAUUGAAGUCUUCUUGUCCCUUCAAAAAUCAGAACCUGAAUUCUACACAGAUGAUCUUAUCAAGAGUGCCAUACUGAUGAUGUUUGUAGCAGGGACGGAGACCUCAACAGUAACCGUAGAAUGGGCAAUGACGCAGCUUUUAUCUCACCCGGAGGCAAUGCAAAAGCUGAGAUCCGAGAUUGACAACAACGUAGGAGCUGAACGUCUGGUAAACGAGUCUGAUCUUUCCAAGCUUCCCUAUUUGCGUUGUGUUGUGAAUGAGACACUAAGGUUAUGCCCUCCCGUCCCACUUCUCUUACCUCGUUAUUCAACCCAAGAUUGUGUGAUCGGAGGGUACGAGGUUCCCAAGAAUACGACGUUAAUGGUUAACGCCUGGGCGGUGCACCGGGACCCAGAGGUGUGGGAGGAGCCGGAGAAGUUCAUGCCGGAGAGGUUUGAGGCAAUGGAGAAGGAAAAAGAUCAAGGAUUCAACUACAAGUUUGUCCCGUUCGGGAUGGGGAGAAGAUCCUGUCCGGGAAACAACAUGGGUUUGAGAACAGUAUGUUUGGCAUUGGGGACAUUGAUUCAGUGUUUUGACUGGGAAAUUGGCGGAAAGGAUAAAACCGCCGGCGAUGUCAUCUCGACAAUAACUAUGCAGAUGGCUAAGCCUCUGGAAGCAGUGUGCAGUCCUCGCAAAACUGCCAUUCCAUUUCUCUCCCAACUCUAAUGUUUCAUGUAUGCUUAGAAUGUCUGUAUUAUGAAACAAAACAUUGUGCACAUGUAUGUUUCUUGUUACAAUAAAGUUGAUAGUAAAUCAAGAAUUGGUCACAUGUUUCUUGU